AGGAACAGCAUGAAGAGAAAAUACAGAAGAAGGCAUUGAUGAAACAGGAGAGGUAAACGCUUCAAUUUCUGUCGAGAGAGCGGAGGAAGCACAGAGGAGGACUCGAUGGCCCAGCAAGCCGCGACACCGUCUUCGUCAGACGACGAGGAGGAGGAAGAAGUGGCAUGUUUCGAGCGUGACACGGAGAGCUUCAUGCUGCGGAGGCGGCGGUUCACGUUCCCGGGCCUCCCACCAGUCGUGCUGAACCAGGACUUCGUGUCUGUCGAGGGGACAGGAGGGGCCGUCUGGCGGCCCUCCAUCGAGUUCUCUGAGUUCGUUUGCAGCGAAGAGGGGCGGCGCUGCCUGCCGCUAGCCGGAAAGUCGGUGUUGGAGAUCAGCUCCGGCCUGGGGCUCGGCGCCAUCGUCGCCUGGCACCUGGGGGCGGCGCCGGUGGUAGCCACGGACUUAGGCUCGAAGGACGGCCCGAUGGCCCUCCUCGCCCGAAACGUGUCCGAAAAUUGCGGUCCACGAGCAGUAGCGACGCCACAACCUUCGCCGGGUCGUACGUCAAGAGAUCACUCGAGGGGCGGGGAAGCAGGGAGCGCUCCUGAGGGAGGUAGUGCGGAGGAUGAGGGGGCCCCGCCACCUGGGAGAAGAAGACCUCCCCCCCCUCCUCCCCCGAGCGUGCAGAGCCUGCGGUGGGGGGACAAGGCCCAGCUGGCGGACGCGCUGAGGAAGUUCGACGGUUUCGGUCCCGACGUCGUGCUCGCGUGUGACGUGGUUUUCGACGACGCUCUGCUGCCGGCCCUGCUGGAAACCCUGGCGGAGGCCGCGUGCCGCACGACGAGGGGAGGGGGGCGGCCCAGCCUCUGCGUCUCGCACCAGAAGCGAAACCGUCGGCGAGAGGAUAGUUUCUUCGCCGCCCUGGCGAAGCGUAUCGGCGGAGGGGGGCAGCUGCGGAUGGUGCACCAGCAGAACGAUUUGUCGGUGCUCAUGUUCACGUACUUGAUGGUGCGACAUUAGACUGAUUGUCGGUUUCUACACUCAUGUGCGUAGUCUUGUAGUGGGUGCUUGGGGAUUUGACGGCGGUACGGCAGGGCGGGGCUCAAGUGGCACCCAAUCACCAUAUCAUGGGUGUGUGUGGCCUCGGUUUUGUAGGCCUUUGGCGGAUCGGGAGUUGGUGAUGCCGGUGCUUCAUCUUCCCCGGGGCGGGUGGUCGGACGUGCAACCUCACACCGUCCGUCAGAGAUCGUGUCUCGAGCGCGGGACAUUUGAACAGCGAAGUUACGUUGGGCACACACACAAAGUAUCGAUCGGUUGCCUGUCGUGUCCGUCGCAAUCUUGGAAUUAGAGCCUAAAGGUUUUACGUAACCAGCAGUGCGUGACGUCUACCUGUAGCCAGCGGGUGGCGGUGGAGAGUGGGUCGCACACAGCGGUGAGAUCAUUUUGUAUUAUUACCCCGCCAUUGAAGCCGAUUGGUUGAGAAACGCCUUACUUAUCGCUUACGCGCAUUGAAGUAAAUUGUUUUCGAGGGACUUGAUGGGGAAAUUUGCUUGACCUACUACGUCGCGUUUUUGUUUUCCUCGUAGAAAAAAAAAAAUUGGAUGGCGCGGCCGUCUAUUUCGUG